GCCGUAUGGUUGCUGGUGAAAAGUGCGCUGUGAAUUAAAAAGUAUUAUUUAAUGUUUGCUUGUUUAUCCUAAUAUAAAUAAUAAAGAGUGUUGAGAAGUGCGCAGGCUAGACGUUACCUAGAAAAAAAUCGUACUUUGGGACCUGCCUUGUAAUUUGCAAUAAACGCCUAUUGUACAAAUCACCAUGAACACGGACGAUCUGGAGGACACACAUCUGUGCAUUAAGUGCAAUGCCACGAUAAUCGGACUCGCCAAGUACAUCGAGCACCGGAAACGGAACUGUCUAAUGACAGAGAAGCAAAUUGCGACGCCAACAACAGAUGGAUCAGCAGCCACCUCCACACCCACUCAAGUGUCCCCGACGAUUAUCAGUAGCAGCAACUUGGAUCAUUCCUACGAUGGUUUUCACUUCACGGAACCGGAGGCUCCAAGUAGCUAUCUCCGCAAGACUUCAGCCAGUCAUGGUGGAAAAACAUCCAAAUCCUUGACGGAGGCCUAUGAUCUGCCGUAUGAACUUGGUGCUGAUCUGUUCUUUUCCUCGCUUCAACUGCAGAGCGUCUCCACAGGAGGAAAAACAGGAUCGGUGGCUCGCCAGGAGAGAAGCAAAGAUGAGUCCUGGCCAGCGCCCAGUGGUGAUCCUUUACUGAAAGCAGUGAGGGAACACGAUGAGGCGGUAUUCAAGCCACUCAAUUUUGAUCACGAUUCUCCAGAGGCGAGUGAGGAAGAGGAGGAUGACGAAGAACACGAUGAUUUCGAACCAGAGGAUGAUGAAGAGGAGUACGAUGUGCGGCGACAUUCACCGCCCACUGUGCCCGCCAACCACACAGGUGGCAAGUGGAAGCCCGAGCACCGUCCGCAGCUGCGGCAUCCACACAUUGAACGCAUCUCGCCCAGCUGGGACGAGCCUCCGGAGGAGACGUACACCCAUCCUCCAGCGGAUCAUACAAAGGGCAAAUGGGUGCCAGGCAGCAAACAGUUGGAGUACCGCGAAAACAUCGAUCUCACCAGGCUGGAGCAACUGAGAGCGAGUUUUUGGUGCAACAUCUGCUGCAGGCGGUUGAAAAGCCGCUCGAACUACGAACAGCAUUUGAGGAGUGGCUACCACGUGAAAAGAGCCGACGCAGAGUGCCAACUAGAGCAAGCUACCCUGGGCAGCGCACUCUCCCUGAGCAAGGAUUAUUCAGCGGAAACUAGUGAGGAGAAGCAGGAACCGAAGACCCCAAAACGACAAAGGCGAGCCAAUCUUCUGCGAUGCGAUCUCUGCCGUCACACGAUGGCCAGGCAUUUGAUGGGCAAGCACUUGAUCUCCCAUUAUCAUUACAGAAGACUGCAGCAGCAAAACAGGCAGAGGAGGAAAACCUGCCUGCAGGACAUACUCAGCCACAUGGGCAGCAUAGUGAGGCAGUCUCCGUUUCAAUGCCUGCCCUGCAGAUUCUACGCCAACACCGAAGAGGCAUUUCUUCACCACUGGCAAUCGCAGGAGCACUUGGAACUUACGCAAAAGCUGGGCGGCUCUUUUUGGUGUGGCUUCUGCCAGUUUGAAUGCACCACCAACGAUUCCAUGUGGCUUCAUUUGCUGCAUCCCUCGCACAAGGAAGUGCUCUUGGCCCUCAACAGAUCAGUUCCCAUAUGCAUAGCCCAAAGAAGGCGCCUCCAGUGCUCCAGUUGUGGAAUGGGCUUUUUGUACAACUUCCAACUUCGGCGGCACUUCGCCUCGGAACAUCCCGAUCUUUCGCCUUCAGGAACCGCAGCCGAUGAGUAUCAGAGUAGGUUUCGGUGUGACUUGUGUGGUGCUCCACAGAAAUCACGCUUGUCUCUGCAGCGUCAUGAAAAGCACAAACACCACUUGGCGAGGUAUUACUGUGCCAUCUGUCGAUUGGAAUUUGAAACCCCUUUAGAGGCGCGACGACACCGGAGCUUGAUGCAACAUAAACUGAAAGCCAGAACCAAAAUCUCAAGCUCGCAGCCGGAAAAGGAAAUAGAACACAUGCUAAGGGAGGUCCUAGAGGAGCCAUCGCCCAAUCCUCCCGCUAAAAGGAGUAGGAUUACGAAUGCAAAAUGCUCAAUUUGCCGGAAAACAUUUGACUCACCUCAGAGUUUAGCCCAACAUCGAGCUGAAGUUCAUCCGGCGGAUAACCAUUUGUGUUUGAGCUGUGGCACAAGUUUUCAAUCCGCACAGGCACUCGGAAGGCACACACGCAGCUGUCAGCCGCUGGCCAGCACCUCAUCCUCCGUCGAUCCAUCCUUAGCGCCAAGGAAACCCACCUACUCUUGUGACCAAUGUAGCUUUCAAUCUCAAUACGAGUCCGAUCUGGUUUAUCACCGCAUUUUUCACUCACGCACCGGAACGAUUGGAAAAAACGAGCUUCUUCAGUGCCCUCUGUGUCCCAAGAAUUUUAAGAAGCAUUCCCUUAGAGCCCAUCUAAGAAAUCAUACAGAUGAGAAAAUCUUUGGGUGCACAGAGUGCCUUCAGAAAUUUGCAAGAAGACACAACCUCAAGAACCACAUAGCCAUCAUGCAUGCCAAAAAGGAAAGUCAGGACAUCAUCGAACCGGCUAAGAAAAAAGCUUCCGAUCAAGCCAAACCCAAGUACCAGUGUGGAACCUGUGGAAAAACACUGGCCAAAAAGUAUUCCUUGAAACUGCACGAGCUGAGUCACACGAAGUCACUGGACCGACGCUUUCGCUGCCAUUUUGCGAACUGUUCAUAUGCAGGUGUGACCCAGGAAAGCCUCAGAACUCACCUGAUCUCCCACGCCCAGGGCAGCCACAAGUGCAAGCGGGACGGCUGCAGCUAUGUGGGAAAGAGUGAGCUGCACCUGAAGAGGCACACAAAGUCCGCACAUCCCGGGGAGGAGAGUGGCGCGGAGUGGUUCUCCUGCGAUCAGUGUGAGUUCAGGGCCCGCAUCAAGGGCCAUCUUCGCCGGCACUCGCUGCGUCACUCGGGCCAGAAGCCCCACCAGUGUCCCCACUGCGACUUCCAGUGCAGCACCAUCGACAACCUGCGAAAGCACAUCAUCAAGACGGGCAAGCAUCCCGGCAAAUUCAUCUACGAGUGCGGAAAGUGCUCCGAUCAGGCAGCCAUCGAGAUCUUCAGGAGCAACAGCUUUAAGGAGUACCAGAAACACUUGGACACUCACAAAGCGGGCUAAGGGAGAAACUGAAGAUACAAACAGGCAAACGGAUUAAUAAAAGACCACUGCUUCUUAC